AUGAGGGUGUUGUUGUACACCCUCGCGGUGGUCGCCUCGUCGUCUGCACAAUUUUUCAUGUCUGGAAAUAAUCGAGAGAGUUAUAACGAUCAGUUUGGAGUCAAGGAUGCCAUUAGUUCAUGGAGUGAUGCAUUGAGGAAGAUUGCGCUCAGGAAUAAUCCUAAAUUCUACGCACCAAGCAACGUGAAACAAUUCACCAUCGAACCACCUGCAUUCAAACCAGAAGAUCUCGAUCUGAACAAGCUGAAACGUGGAAAAGGAGACUCUAUCAUUAACGAGAAAAUGUUGACGUUGCUCCUGCCGCGUAUGAAGGGGCAGAACCCAUUUACCACGACCACCACUUCCACGACACCAAAGCCAACGACAACUACCAAGACAACUACAACCACCACCACGACUACAACUACAACUACAACUACUCCCGCACCAACAGCUACAACCACUAAGCCUACAACUACCCCAACUACCACAGAAGCCACAACGACAACCGAAGAACUACCAAAACAACAACUUGCCGGACGAUUGGUUCAGCCGGAUAUGGAUAGUGGCGAGCCAGAGUCGGCGGAAGAUGGUAUCGAGAAGAAAAAGGAAAGUCGAGUGGAAUUUACGACCGAUGACAACAAUGUUAGCCAGGAGGAGGAUGCUAAACCAGAUAAGAAGGAAGAGAAAGAAAAGGAAGAAGAGGCAACUACUGAAGCCUCUACUGAAGCCACUACUACAGAAAAAUCCAGCACAGCUAAACCUACAACCAAAGCUACUUCCAAAGCUCCUUCUAAUUCAAAAGACACCAAGUUAUCUGUAAAAAUUAGAAGUGAGGAUGAGAAGAAGGAGCAGGACAAACUGUCCGAUGAUGACAAGCCAGAGUACAUGAAAAAGUUGGAAGAGAUUUAUGCUAAAGAGGAGGAGCUUGUGGAGAAGGAGUUGGCGGAUAUGUCUGUGGCUGAGAUUUUCAAGAAAGAAGUCACCACCACAACGACCACUACGAAAAAGCCAACUACAAAGAAGGCUACAACGAAAACUACCAAAGCUACAACCACCACUGAAGCCACAACUACCACUGAAGCUACUACAACCACGACCACGAUUACUACCGAGGCACCAACAACUACAACAAUCACAACGACCACAACGACUACAGAACCAACCACAACCACCACAGAACCAACAACGACUACCAAGGAUCCACUAGCUGAGAAUGAAGAACUUGCUAAACAAGCUGUCGAGGUUCUCAAAUCGCUUGAUGAAGAGGAAAAAGCCGACGAGGAGAAGAAUGUGGAAGUCCAAAAGCGCAAAGACGAACGAGACGCCGCGAGAAAAAGAAUCAACAACUUUUUGAAAAUGAUGCAGAAAGCUAGGGAAAACAAAAACAAGCCGCAUAAGGAGACGACAACAGAGGUGCCAAAGACGACUAAACCUGAGACAACGACGGCUACAACCGAAGCUGUGACUUCUGAAGCCACCCCAGAAGCCACUACAACUACCACUGAGGCUACGACGAGUACAAAGCCACCAUCGAACAUUCCAGAAGCGGAAGAGGAGAUUGAAGAAGAAGAAGCAACGUCUACUACUACAGCUGGAGAUGGAGAGACCACCACUUCAGAUAUUCCAGAAUAUAUAAAACAGAGAAAUGCGCUAGUUGGAAUCAAAACUCUGUCGCCAGCCGAGCUCGAAGCUGCUAUCAAUGCCAAGCCAAUAACAUCAUCUGCUGAACAAAAGGAUUCAACCAGCGAACCGUCGAGCUUCAUCACAGGCGCUCCAUCCGCCGCUUCUGCUGCAGCUGCCGUCGCCCUCCCAGAACCAGCUGCUCCACCACAGAUUGCUCUUCCACAACUAACCGCUCCUCAACUCUCUCAACUCAUGAGGCCAGUUGCUGGAAUUAUGGAGGACAUCCGUCCAAUUCUCGGUUCCAUUCUUCAAGGAUCAUCUGCUUCAAGAGCUAGAGCCGCUUCUGUCAGAACCUACGAGAGAGCCAGAACUCCAAACAUUCGAGAUAUCAUGGCUGAUGGAUACUCUGAGAACUCAUUAGUAGGAUUCGGCUCACAGCUGGCUAGAGAGAUUUUGAAUCCGGGUAUUUUGAAAAGAGAUAAGCAGUCAAGAGAAAAAGCGAUGGCCGCUAAAAUUGAAGAAGCAAAAAUCAGAAACAAUGCUGCAGCGGAGGCAAUGGCCACUGGAGCACCGCUAGACCUCUCUGCCUAUCAGAACUAUGCUCAACAACAGAAACCAGUGGCAACAAAUGGAAACCUUCCAUACUUCAUUCCCCCACCAAAAGGAUACGUCGGACCACUACCACCAGCACCACCACCACCAACCUUCCGUGUUGCCCCACAAGCUCCAGUACCACUUCCAGUAGUAGAGACACCUCAGCCAGUGACCCUUCCACCAACGACUCUUCCAGUGAUCACCACUAAGAAAACUCCAAGAACCAAAGAUGAGGGCUAUGAGCAAGGACGUGAUGAUGUUCAUGCUACAUUUAAUGGAGAUUCCGGAGUGAUGAUGGGUGGUAGACACAGUAUGCCUACCCCUGACUUUAUGAACAUGCCAAGUGAAUCAUUCGGUCUAGCUCCGGCUCCAGCUCCGCCAUCACCAGCAACCACAGCUAGCACUUCAGCUCCCACAGCUGCCGCUGAAACACCACCAGCACCCGGAGCACCAGCUCCAUCCCCAUUUGGAGGCGGAGGCUUUGGAGGAGGUAGCGGGUUUGGAGGAGGAGUGGUGGAGGCUUCGGAGGUGGAUCCGGACCAUCAGUUCCGUUUGAUGAGGUUGAGAAGAAUACAAAGACAGAUUACUCGUUCUUCACAUCGAAUAGAAAGAAGAUGUAAAUGUGAUAACUUGAAUAUUGAGGUGUCAUAG